AGCACUCACACACAGGUACGAGGAGCACGGAGAAGGGGUGGGAGGCAACGAAAGCAGGCGUCUCUGGAGAGAGUAAUCCACAAUGUCGGACAGCAUCAGGUCCAAGAUUCAGGAGCUGGAGAACGAGUAUGCCAGGACACAGAAGAACAAGGCGACAAGCCAGCACCUCGGUCUCAUCAAGGCUAAGGUCGCCAAGCUAAAAAGGGAGCUCCUCGACGCAGACUCCGGGGGCAGGGGAGGCGGCGGAGGAGGGGGCAGAGGUUUCGACGUGAGCAAAGCCGGCGAUACCAGGGUGGGCUUCGUCGGCUUCCCCUCCGUCGGGAAGUCUACCCUGCUCACCAAGCUCACAGGGACCCACAGCGAAGCCGCCGCCUAUGAGUUCACAACGCUUACUGCAGUACCCGGCACGCUCAACUACAGAGGGGCGAAGAUACAGAUGUUGGAUUUGCCCGGGAUUAUUGAGGGCGCUAAGGACGGCAAGGGUCGAGGACGACAGGUCAUCUCCACAGCCCGAACGUGCAACAUGCUGCUGAUUUGCUUGGACGUGAUGAAGAGCAUGACGCACAAGAAGGUGAUCGAGAAGGAGCUGGACGGAUUCGGGAUCCGCCUCAACCAGAAGCCGCCGGACAUCGUGUUCCGCAAGAAGGACAAGGGCGGUCUGAACUACCAGGAAAUCGUGCCUCAGUCGGAGCUGUCUCACGACGUGGUGCAGUCGGUGCUGCGAGAGUACCGGCUUCACAGCUGCGACGUCGUGGUGAAGGAAGACGUGACGAUCGACCAGUUCAUCGACGUCGUGGAGGGGAACCGGAAGUACAUGCCGGCGUUGUACGUGAUGAACAAGAUCGAUCAGGUGACGAUCGAAGAGCUGGACAUCAUCUGUCAAAUACCGCACCACGUGGUGGUUUCUGCGGCCCACGGUUGGAACAUCGACGAGCUUCUGGAGAAGGUGUGGGACUACUGCAACAUGAUCCGCAUCUACACCAAGCCAAAGGGCCAGAUCCCGGACUACAACGAGCCCGUCAUCCUUCACGACACCAACCCCUCCCUCGAGAUGUUCUGCAACCGGAUACACAAGGAUAUUUUGUCGCACCUCAAGUACGCGUGGGUGUGGGGGUCCUCGGUGAAGCACCAGCCAAUGAAGACCGGCAAGGACCACCGCCUAAACGACGAAGACGUAGUGCAGAUCGUGAAGAAGGUCUAG